CAGGACAGCAGAGACGAGGAGACAGAUUUUAAUCUUAGUAUUGUUUACGACUUGACCCCGGGAGGAAGAACGUUGUGCUCUGUCGUGAACGAGAUUUCUACGGCAUACACCUCGAGUUUUCUUGAAUUAUUGUUUGAAAAUGAUAAGACGGGUUGUCGUUAAGGCCGUGGGUGGACUGGACCAAUUAGAGGUUGAAGAAGGUCCACCUCCACCUCCUCCUUCAAAGGGCCAGGUCACAGUCCUCGUAAAGGCCUGUGGUCUCAAUUUCUACGACAUCUAUGUCCGACAUGGCCUCAAUCCUGAGGUUCAGCCUCCGUGUACUCUUGGCCUUGAGUGUGCAGGUGUGAUAAGUGCUGUGGCUGAGGAUGUACAGUCUGUGAAGGUUGGUGAUCAUGUAGCCGUGCAUUGCCCCCAAGCUGGAGCCUGUGCACAGCAGAUAACAGUAGAUGAAGAGUCGGUAAUAGUUGUGGCAAAAGAUAUCAGCUUUGAGGUAGCAGCGUCAUUCACAAUUACCUACCAGACAGCUUAUUUUUCCCUAUUUCACCUUGGGGGACUCCGGCCUGGGGGAGCUGUGUUCAUUCACAGUGCCGCAGGGGGUGUUGGAUGGGCGGCCACACAGCUUGCCAAAACCAUACCAGAUGUUACAGUCUUUGGAACAGCUUCAGCUCACAAGCAUGAUGCUAUUCAAGAGAAUGGAGUAGACUAUGCCAUCCAUCAUGAUCAGGAUUAUGAAAAAGAAGUUUUAAAUGUCCGACCUCAAGGAGUCAGCAUUGUGUUGGAUAACUUGGCAGGGGCUGAUUUUACCAGAAGUCAAAACCUUCUGGAACCUCUGGGCAAGGUGGUGCUAAUAGGGGCCAAAGGAAUGAUUAAGGGGGAGCAUCGCAGUCUGUGGUGUGUUCUGAAAACCUGGUGGAACACAAAAAAUGUCUCUCCUCAGUCUCUCAUCAUGAAGAACCAUGCUGUAGCAGGUUUCCACUUAAGUGAGCUCAGAAAAAAAGACCCCAAAGCUUUUCGAAAAGGAUGGAUAGAGGUCAGAGACAUGAUAACCAAUGGGGUGUUAUCUCCUAGAAUCGACUCGGUGUGGAAAUUUGAAGAAAUUUUAGAGGCGUCAAAACAAAUCUCUGAGUGGAAGAAUAUUGGCAAAGUUAUUGUUAAGCCUUGAAUUAUUUUUUUUCAUUUAAUCAAAGUAUUGUUGAAUGAACUUUCUGAUUUGUAUUUUGUUAAAAAAAAAAAAAAAAAAAAAAAAUGAUGUAGCUUAUUAUAUAUAUAUUUGGAAUACUCCAUGUAUUUGGCCAUUUUGUUUAAGAGUAAUAUUGGUAUGCAUGCCUAUCAGUAGCUUUGCAGUUGCACAACAGCUCCAUUUAGGACUUCUGCUGCAUUCACUUUUACCUGUUUUUGCUUAAUGCACUGUCAGUAUGGCCAGCAGAAAGACAGUUUGUAGUAUUCUCUAUAGUAUUGUUUUGUGAAAUGUCUCUGCACAUAGAGGGCUCUACAAGUGCUUAACUACAAAGAAGUCAAUUAAUAGACCUAAUGACCUCAUAUGAUUUCACUUUUCUUAAUUUCUUUUUGUUUACUAAUGCUAUUAAUAUCGAUGCUAUUAUAAACACUGUAGAGAUUUUAAUUCAUAUAGUGUUACAGACAUUACUAACAGUAGUAUAAUUUAAUUCAUAUAGUGUUACUGACAUCACUAGCAGUAGUAUAACAGGAAAUAUUUCUGAAAAUCAAGAAAAAGGGUGAGAUAGGUAUUACUCAUAAUUGGCUAAUUGGUGACUUAUUACUUGUGGAGCCAUCUAUAUAUAAACUCAAUUAUCAAAUUAAAGUCACAGUGGGCAUGGCAUGUAUGUAUGUGCCAUCCCCAGUGGCAUUGGGUUAAUAACCCUUCCUAACAGGUGGCAAAUGCAUGCAUGACAUGGCUUGACUGGACUCCUUUCAGGGUAGGCUGAACAUGCCAAGUCUGCUUAGAGUGGCAUGCACAAACAGUUGGUUGCUUGAUUGGCCAUUAUUGCAAUGAUUGAGGAGCUACAGUUCCUCAAAAGUAGGCUUAACCCACUCAUGCCAUCCUAUCAUGCCAUGGUAGGUCAGCCCUUACACAGGGACGGUGUCUUCAUGUCGCAUGCUGUUGGGUCUGCUCUAAGUUGUGCAUUCUAAACAGCUUGUAACUGAAACAGUCGUUUAUGCUACAACCAAGAGGUUAGAGAGGGGUAAUUUUAUGUUUCUUGUGUUUCUGAUUUUUCCCUCAAGCAGCUAAGUGUUCAUCUUGACACAUUGUUUUGAUGGUAAUGGGGGAGCUCCUGUUGUGAGUUGGUUAAACCUUUACUGGGCACUAAUAGAAAUACUUCAAAUUUUUAAAUUUUAAGUACAGAAAAGAAAACUGCAACAUAUUUUAAGACAUUUUUAUUUGUUACUCUUUAGGAAUUUCCUUUUUUUCAUGGUAGAAAAUCAGGGCAGACAAAGUGACCAAAAAUGGUAACUUCUUGGAAAGCAUAGCAAAAGUUAUACAAAGAUUGUGAUCAAAAUAAUAAACUUGCCAGUCUAAUAUAACA